AUGAUAUAUUUCCAAAAUCCUGAAGAGAAAGGAGUAAGUUGGAUAUGGAGAAUUAUUGUAAUUAUUGCAUUUGAGUUUUUAGAAAUGAGUGUGUUCUUAAUUCCAUUAGAUGUACUUAAUGCUGGACCACCUGAACCGAUAAUACCAAUGCAAAUUUUCUGGUAUAUAGUUUAUUAUGGAAUGAUUGUAUUUGCAGCGAUUAUAUUACCAUUUGGGUUGUGUUGGUAUAAUCAAGAAGAAGAUACUUCAUGUGUUAAAAAAAUAGUAUAUUCCUUUAUUUUUGCAUUGAUUUUCCUUGUUGUAGCCGCUGUAUUUUGUGUAAUAUUUUACAUUAUUUUUGGUGUAGCAGAAGUACCUGUUAAUUAUCAAUCUGGAGAUCUUGAUUUGACAUCAUUUAAUCUUGACAAUAUAAAAGCAGCAAAUGUCAGACCAGAAAAUGAUGAUGAAGAAUCUACAAUUAGUUUUAGAAUAUCACCAGUUCUCUUCAUUAUAUCAGGAAUUAGUACAAUAGGAUAUGUAUUAGUAUUAUUCUUUGGAGGUCUUGGAUUUGCAACCUGA